AAGGGAAAUUUCACUUCCCACCACGACGCCACGGCACACGCCAUAGCCUUCCCGCAAGCAGCCGAGCUCCUGCCCCCAAUCCUUCCCCGAUGCUGCGGCGCAACAGCGGGUGCGAAAUCGAGUCCGAAUUCCGACGCGCUCCCAUGGAGCUCAGGUUUUAGUAGGUCUGAGCUGCGCUCCUCGUAUGGAUCCAGAUGUUCUCGUGGAGCCGUAAGCAGUCCUCCUCCUCCUCCGGCUCGCCCUCGUCGUCGUCCUCCUCCUCCAGCCGCCGCCGCGGCGGGGCGGACGCCUCCAUGGACUCCAGCAGCCGCGGCGGCGGCGGGAGUGGGAGCGGGAGCGGGAGCCGCGGACGGAGCCCGCGGUUGGAUCGCCGCAACGCGGUGAAGCGCAUCGAGUACGAGGCGGGCGCGGGCGCGAGGGCGUCCGCGUCGGUGGGCGCGUCGUGGUCGUCCUCGUCUUCCGCGGAACAGCAGCAGCAGCGUUCGCCGGGGCUCCGGCCCUCGCGCUCCCUAGACCUUGCCCCCGGCGCGGACCUCCGCAUCAGCGGGAGCGUGGAGGGGGAGGUCGACGAGCUCUGCCGCAGCCUGGGGCUCUCGGGGCCCGAGGAUUUCGCCGUCCCCGUCGCCGCCUGGGAGGCGCGCAAGUCGCGGUCUAACUCCGACCUCCUCCCGCGCUCCCGCCUCGACCCGUCCACACCCGCCGACGAACCCUCGCCAAUUGCGCGCGCGGUCUCGGCGCCCGAUGUUCCGCCGACUCGCUCCGUCCCUGCCCCCAUUCCUGAGGAGUCACUCCACUCUUCGUCCGCUUCCACCACCACCGACUCGGCGGAGGAGCCUACCGCUGCGGCGCCCGAGGAGUCACCAAAGGCUGCCCCUGCCGUUGCAGUUGUGGCUCCCGCCGGGGAUUUGCCCCUGCCUUCGCCAAGGAGGGGAGGCGGGGAGGUAGGGAUACGGGGGGCACGGCCGCCUUUACUCUCCCCGCCUCCGCCAAUUGGUGCACUCGCUCCUCCGCCGGUGAGGAGGUCCUUCGUUGACGAUUACAUGACUGGGUCCGCUUGGGACAUUGUGCAGUCGUUUGCUCCCAGGGAACAGGGAAGUGAACUGGGAGAACGUGUGGACACUCGUUGCAAUUCGGACACAGAAGAAGAGAAUGAGGUUGAGGAUGGGGUGGCAGCUGUGGAGGGCGAGCUGAAAGAGUUGAGGAUAGGGGAGACCUUCGAGGGGUUCACUGGAACUUCUUCAUUGUCAACAACGAAUGAUGAUGACGCGUCCAGUACAACCACAGAGGCCAUGUUCAUCAUAUCACCGAAUGGCAAGUUCAAGCGUAAGAUCAAGUCAUGGAUGCGUGGUGCUCUUCUGGGAAGCGGCUCAUUUGGGAUGGUGUAUGAGGGGAUCAGUGAUGAGGGUGCGUUUUUUGCUGUGAAGGAAGUAUCUUUGCUUGACCAAGGAAGCAAUGCACAACAAUCUAUUGUUGCACUUGAGCAGGAAAUUGCACUCCUCAGUCAGUUUGAACAUGAAAAUAUAGUCCAGUAUUAUGGAACUGACAAGGAAGAAUCCAAACUCUAUAUUUUUAUUGAGCUUGUCACACAAGGAUCUCUUUCAUCCCUCUAUCAAAAAUAUAAACUACGAGAAUCGCAAGUCUCUGCUUACACAAGGCAGAUUCUUAAUGGAUUGGUUUAUCUCCAUGAGAGAAAUGUGGUCCACAGAGAUAUCAAAUGCGCCAAUAUAUUGGUGCAUGCAAAUGGAUCUGUAAAGCUUGCAGAUUUUGGAUUGGCAAAGGAGAUGUCAAAAAUUAAUAUGCUAAGGUCAUGCAAAGGAAGUGUUUACUGGAUGGCACCUGAGGUUAUUAAUCCAAAAAAGAUGUAUGGGCCUUCAGCUGAUAUAUGGAGCCUUGGCUGCACCGUGUUGGAAAUGCUAACCCGGCAAAUACCAUUUCCUAAUGUCGAGUGGACAAAUGCUUUCUUCAUGAUUGGAAGAGGGGAACAGCCUACUAUUCCCAACUAUCUGUCGAAGGAGGCACAAGAUUUCAUUGGCCAGUGUGUAAGAGUUGAUCCUGAGAGCCGACCUUCUGCAUCACAACUUUUGGAGCACCCAUUUGUUAACAGACCACUGCGAGCUUCAUUUGAAUCUGCAUCUCCCCCAGCCAUCAGAUUAUACGAGCGCACGUGUCCGGGAGGCGGGCGGGACCGCGGGAGCGCCGAGCGCGCCCCGGCCUCUGCUCCUCUCGCUCUCGGUCUCGGCUCCCGCACGGGAAAAAUCCAAUCAUGUCCUCGUCAUUCGCCGCGAGAAAUUUGCGCGAGUAAAUGCGCGCAGGUGCAGCCGCACCGCGCUUAUUCCGGCGCAGCGCCCGACACGCGGCUGCCGCCUCGCCUCCACGGCUCCACUCCACCCCCCCGCGACGCAAACGCAAACGCAUGCUCACGCAUCCUCCUCCCUCCGCCGCUGAAGUGCAGUAGUAGCAAACUAGUAGUACUGGCAAACAGCAGGCAGACCGAGACCUCGGGAGCCAUGAGCUUGCACGCCGCGCGCGGCGGGGCGCACGAGGAUCUGAGCUGGAGCGUCAUCGGGCGGCGGGCACCGGGUGACGUGACAUUCGGUGAUGGAGAAGGAGGAGGCGGGAUGAGGAGGGCACAGCUGCAGGGGCAGCAGGGGGCGGUGCGGGUGGAUGAGGCGUCGUCCGCGUCCACCUUCCGUGAGCUCGACGAGGCCUUCCUGCAGACACAAACAAAAAUCUGGCUUGGAGAAGUUCUACAUGUUAGGUUUGAUGAAGACACUUUAGUUGCUGAUCUUCUUGCUGACGGAGAAUUACUGUUUCAAGUUUCCAAGAUAAUAUGGAAAAGGUUACUGAAAAAGAACAUAGAACAAUUGAAACAAUCAAAAGUUUAUAUUUUUGAGAGACUAUCCUUUGGUAGGAGCAGUGGAAAAUACAUGCCCUAUUCAAAAGUUGACUCCUUUCUAAAGAUAUGUCAAAUCCUUGGGUUGGCUGGAAUUGAUCUGUUUACCCCUUCUGAUGUGGUCGAAAAAAGAAAUGUUCGGAAAGUCUGUAUAUGCAUACGAUCAGUGUCUAAAAAGUCUCACAUCAUGCACCUAAAUGUGCCUGAUUUUGAUAUAGUCACCUACACAAUAUCCAUGCCAAACUAUGUUGUUGGAGGUAUUCGUAGAAGUCUGGAGCAGCCACAAUACAGCUCAUCCAGUUCAAGUGGAUACAGUCCACGUGCCGGCUCUAAAGCACUACAGCAGCAGAUAAUAUUUGGAGGGCAGAACGACCAGCACGAGGACACACAUUAUGACUCUGAUGAAGCAGAAAGCAAACUCUCUCUUCUAGAACCUGAGGAUUCAGUUGAUGAAGAUAAUUUUGCAGCCGUGCUUUCACAAUUUAGUGAUGCCCAUGCCCCCAAUGAAGAAAGUGAAGGCUAUGGAGAAAGUGGACAUGACAAGCAUGAAGAAAAAUCUCUAGCUGAAUCAGUGGGGUCAGGAUCACUUAACAUUGGCGUUAUUGAUUCUGAGUUCAUCAAACUCUCUCUUCUAGAACCUGAGGACUCAGUUGAUGAAGAUAAUUUUGCAGCCGUGCUUCCACAAUUUAGUGAUGCCCAUGCCCCCAACGAAGAAAGUGAAGGCUAUGGAGAAAGUGGACAUGACAAGCAUGAAGAAAAAUCUCUAGCUGAAUCAGUGGGGUCAGGAUCACUUAACAUUGGCGUUAUUGACUCUGAGUUCAUGGAUUCAAGUCCUCUAAUUCAUAAUAAAGAAUCAUGUUCUACUCAUUCUGCAACUGACCAAUGUUCAAGAACCAGAAUGGCUAAAUGUUCAUUAAGUUCAGAAGAGUCAGAUUCCACAAGCAGUCAUUUGGCGUUUGACAGUGGCAAGAAUUAUUUGGAGUUGAACAAUCAUUCUGACACAGAUUCAGAAAGGAUUUACGAUGGGCAUGCCAAGUCUCUAGAUCAUUAUAUUCAGGAAAAUGGGGAAACAUUAGCUGAUCAUCCAAAAAAAGAGGAAGGUGACCUCCAAAAGGACACUGGCACCAUAGUUCAACAUUGUGAUGCCCUUGCUUGUGAUAGGGAGUCUGUGUGUUCAAGUUGUGAAGAACCGAGAUAUGGAUUAAAUGGCGAGCCAUCAGACUUGAGCUCGGAAUCAUACUCAGGACUGACCCCAACACUUAAUACGGGUGGCAAAUUGCCGAUGGUUUCCGAAGACCCUGUGAAUAAUCUAGAGCCAAAUAUGACUGAUGGGGUGACAAGUGAUAGCACGUACCGGGAGCUGAAUCCUGAAGUCAGCACUAGGAAUGAAAUGGACGGUUCCGAAUCCACUGAUAAACCAGUGGAAGCAGAAGAUAUAGCUCAGGAUAGCGUCACUCGAAGGCCUGAAGAUGAUGUCCCCAAAUCAGGGAAAGGGGUUCUGAAGUCGGUUGCUGGAGGAAUUACCCUUGCUGGCGCAGUGUUCUUCAUGAUCCAUCUCAGAAGAAGCAAGGAAAGAAGCUUUGCGACAGUUAUACCAUCUCUUUCAGAAAAAUCAGUUCGGAGCAACUCAAGGGCCAAGAACAUGGACAAAGAAAAUGUCCAUGAUGUGUAUCCUGGGGGAUGGCUGAAGGUUUAACAAGAUGAUGGAUGUGGGUCGCGCACGCUGCCUGGAAGACAGAGCACAGUCUACUUACAGCGGCUUAACAGAAUCUGGAUAAUUUUUGUCGAGUCACCAGUUAAAGUUAAAGUCAGUACCCUGCAUUCUUCAUGUACAGAACGAUAUAGCCAUAUCAUAUCAUAUAAUAUAGGUGAUAAAUUACAGCAAAUAAUCGAACAAAUUUUGUACAAUUGUAUAGAGGUUAAUUGAGAUCUUUCAACGUGAAAUUAUACGUUGGUGCGGGCAGGUUUAUUU